AUGCAGCCCUCCGAGGUUUUUGUGGGAGCGAUCGACCAGGGGACCACCAGUACACGGUUCCUGAUCAUCAAUCAUGAUGGUGAGCCUGUCGCGUCCCAUCAGGUUGAAUUUAAUCAGAUCUACCCUUAUCCUGGAUGGCAUGAGCAUGAUCCUCUGGAGUUGGUUGACUCUGUGGAAAGCUGCAUCGCUGGUGCCGUUCAAUCCUUCGAGAACCAAGGCUACUCUCGCACCAGCAUUGCCUGUGUCGGCAUCACGAAUCAGCGAGAAACGACCAUAGUCUGGGAUCACGAGACGGGCGAGCCUCUCUACAAUGCGAUCGUCUGGACCGAUACCCGCUCGCAGGCCAUCGUCGCAGAGCUCAAAUCCCGCCCCGGAGCAUCUAGCCUCCAGUCCUUCUGUGGUCUACCGCUGUCGACCUAUUCUUCGGCAACCAAGCUGCUGUGGAUGCUCGAGCAUGUACCCAGAGUGCGGGAUGCCUUUGAUCGCGGUACUUUGGCGUUUGGAACGGUCGAUGCCUGGCUGGUAUACCGUUUGAAUGGCGGUGCCAUCGCCAACGUGUUUGUCUCGGAUUCGACAAACGCCUCGCGAACCAUGUUUGUCAAUCUGGAAACGUUGCGGUAUGACGAUACCCUGUUGGAUUUCUUUGGGAUCAAGGGAAAGCUUCAUCUUCCAAAAAUUGUUCCCUCGAGUGAUCCGUCGGCGUACGGCAAGAUUGCCAGCGGUGCUCUGGCCCAAGUGCCCAUCAUGGGAUGUCUGGGCGAUCAGUCCUCUGCUCUGGUAGGUCAGAAGGCAUUCUCGCCUGGAAUGGCCAAGAAUACAUAUGGCACGGGCUGCUUUUUAUUGUACAAUGUGGGUGAGAAACCGGUGUUUUCCAAACAUGGGCUUUUGACAACCGUCGCGUACGACUUUGGUGGCAAGCCGGUCUAUGCGCUGGAAGGAAGCAUUGCUGUGGCUGGAUCGGGAGUGAAGUUCCUUCAAGAGAAUCUUUCCUUCUUCCAGAGCUCCAAAGAAGUGAACGACCUGGCGCUGACGGUGGACGAUAAUGGCGGCUGUGUAUUCGUGACGGCCUUUAGUGGUCUAUUUGCGCCUUAUUGGAUCGACGACGCCAACGGAACCAUCUUCGGCAUCACCCAGUUCACGCAAAAGGGUCACAUUGCCCGCGCCACCCUGGAAGCGACCUGCUUCCAAACCAAAGCCAUCCUGGACGCCAUGGAAAAAGACAGCGGGAGGGCACUCACAGAGCUCGCCGUCGACGGAGGCAUGAGCAACUCAGACUUGGCGAUGCAGACCCAAGCAGAUCUCAUCUCCAUCCCUGUUUACCGACCCAAAAUGCGCGAGACCACUGCUCUUGGCGCUGCCAUCGCUGCCGGUCUGGCGGUGGGUAUCUGGCGCAAUUUCGCCGAGCUCCGUGACAUCAACCGUGCCGGUGGCUCAGUCUUUGAGCCUCGGAUCACCCGCGAGGAGAGUGCUGCAAAGUUCGAGAAAUGGGAGAAAGCCGUGCGAAUGAGUCGAGGCUGGGUGUCUUCUGCGAAUGAUAGUGAAUCUCAUGGUGAGAGGAUCAACGGUCUCGGUCAAAGUACUGUGGUCAAUGAGGCUCUACCGAUGAAUACGACAAACUCGACCACGAAGAACACCUCGCCGGCGCAAAGAGAGCAGCGAGAGACGAGCAUUCUCGGCUCAGUCCCGACAGUGUCUGAGCUUGUGACGAAAGGAAGUCUUGGACCGACGGUGAGAGUGACGACGCAUUCGGUGAUGGAUGGUGAUCAAGACGGAAAUCGGGAUUGGGAGAUAUCACACACCAAGACGCCUUUGAUAACGGUCUCGAGUGAUCUGGAAGAGGCCGAUGAGGAGGAUUUGUUUCUGGAGCUGAGGAAGGUGGAAAUUUUACAAAAACUCAAGAGAUUGAGGAAGAUGAAGCUGAGCUACUAUUGA